CCACCAAAGCGCAAACAUUUCUGCUCUAUCUUGCUGGAGAAAUCUCUUCUAAAUCCUUCCUUUUUUCAAAAACUGAAGAUGGAAGGAGAUAAUCAGGCUGCGGAACAAUUAAUAGGGCCUGAUGGAAAGCCCAUCUCUAAAGGUGCCCUCAAAAAACUACAGAAGAAACAGGAAAAGGCUGCCAAGAAAUCAGUCCAUAUGGAAAAAGACGGUAAAAUACCCGCUCAAGAGGAUGCAGGACCAACAGCGGAUGUCUCCAAAGACCGCUAUGGCAAGAUGCCAUUGAUCCAAUCCAAGGAGAAGUAUGACCGCGAGUUGCUGCCGAUUAACUCAUUGACUCUUGAGAAAGCGGACCAAAAAGUAUGGGCGAGAGGGCGGUUGCACACCAGCAGAGCAACAGGCAAGCAGUGUUUUAUUGUUCUCCGAAUGCAGCAGUUCAGUAUUCAAGGUGUGAUAGCAGUGAGUGCAACCAUUAGUAAACAAAUGGUCAAGUUCACAAGCAGUAUAAACAAGGAGUCUAUCAUCGAUGUUUGUGGUGUUUUGAAAACAGUGCCUAAGAAGGUGGAGAGUUGUUCACAGCAGGACGUAGAGCUCCACCUGCAGGAGGUUUGGGUAGUUAGCGAGGCGGCGCCGAUGUUGCCGCUUCAGAUUGAAGAUGCCAUGCGAUCAGAGGAGGACGAGACGGGUCUAGCAAAAGCGAGCCAGGAUACCCGUCUUGACCACCGAAUCAUAGAUCUGAGAACAGCGACCAAUCAGGCAAUAUUUCGGGUCGAAGCUGCAGCGUGUCAUCUGUUUAGGAAGUAUCUUACGGAAAAAGGUUUCGUUGAAAUUCACACUCCAAAGAUGAUCUCUGCUGCUAGUGAAGGUGGCGCCAACGUCUUCGAGGUGACCUACUUCAAGGGAAAGUGCUACUUGGCUCAGUCGCCACAGCUUUAUAAACAGAUGGCAAUAUCUGGCGACUUUGACAAGGUGUUCACAGUUGGAGCGGUAUUCAGAGCAGAAGACUCCAACACUCAUCGUCACUUGACAGAGUUUGUUGGUCUCGAUUUGGAGAUGGCUUUCAACUACCACUACCACGAGGUAGUCGAUGUUAUUGGUGAACUAUUUGUGUCAAUAUUCAAAGGCCUACGUGAUAACUUUGCUGAUAUUAUUGAAACAGUUUCAAAACAAUAUCCAUGUGAACCCUUCAAGUUCUUGGAACCAAGUUUGCGGCUUGAGUUCCCCGAAGGUAUCAAGAUGUUACGUGAAGCUGGCAUAGACAUCGGCGAUGAAGAUGAUCUGUCAACACCAAACGAGAAGCUGCUCGGCAAAAUUGUCAAAGCUAAAUAUGAUACCGACUUCUACAUUCUGGACAAGUACCCGCUGGCUGUGCGACCUUUCUACACAAUGCCUGACCCAAACAGCAAGAUUUACUCGAACUCUUACGAUAUGUUCAUGAGAGGUGAGGAGAUCUUGUCUGGUGCUCAGCGAGUCCACGACCCCGAGUUCUUGACUGAGAGGGCAAAGGCACAUGGUAUCGAGAUUGAGACGAUUAAGGCCUACAUCGACUCCUUCCGCUUCGGCGCGCCUCCUCAUGCUGGUGGUGGAAUUGGAUGCGAACGUGUAUGCAUGUUGUACCUCGGCCUCCACAACAUCCGCAAGACCUCCAUGUUCCCACGUGACCCCAAGAGGCUGACUCCAUAGACAUAACCACCAGCCCCACAUAUUUAAAUACAUUUUAGCGGAACAUGCUCAACUGAAACACAUUGUAUAUAUCUGCUAGAUAAUUUUUGCUGAUGAAAAUUGUUGAUCAACUGUGGUACUUGGUACUGAUUAAAAAAAAUAUCUAUCAAAAAAUGGCAUCUCCUAGACGUCAAUGCCUUCUACUAAUUGCCCACAAAAAUGCUCUACUCUUUGCUGGGUUGGUGCAAGAAGUUCACAUUUUUGAGGUACUAACACCUCCUAAUAAUGUGAAAUAUCGGUUUAUCAAAUUAAUUAUGUUUGGAGGUCCAUAUCAAUUUAAGGAGAGGUUUAGAUUUUCUGCAAAUUUCGGUAAAAAUCAGUUUAUGAACUUCCCUGAAGGUGGCAGCAAGUGUAACUGGUAACUUCUGUGAAGGAUAUUCAUUUCAUGUCAUCCUUGGUACAUUUCACACUGUACAACUGCUACACGCAAUAGGAGAAGAGUCAAUUACGUGUUUAAAGGUAGGACAGAAACUUGCUUUAAACAACCUGCCCGAGAGAUUUACUCUGAUUUAGCAAAUCAAAUAACAUGUAACAUGAUAUAAACAAAUUGAUGAUAUACUCAUACAUGUGACAAAUACAUUUAUUCUAAAAUACAA